GCUGUAUCGUUAACCGUAUGGAAUAUCACACCAAAAACGCCUACCGUUUGGAAUAAUUUGUUACGCCCAACCUUACUAGGAUCUGAUCCAACCUUUCGUUUUAGACUCUGCACAACCGUGAGAAAGUUCGAAAGCUGGUCAAACUGGAAUUUGCCGCCGCCCGGAGCAUCCGCUACUGAAACUAUCCGUUUCGCAUCCAAAAGAAUAAUUUUGCAUCCAAAAGAUUGUUAUUACGAUUUAGCCGUUGCAGGAUAGAUUUAGCCUGUAACCGCUACCACUUUGGCCCUUCGAAUCUGGUCCAAACCUUUGACGCUCUUCCGAGACCACUAGUAUCCCAUCUCAGAAGCAUUACUUGGUUUAGAAACAAUAAACUCUACCAUACUCAGCAUCUCCACCCAUUACCUUACCAUUCAGAGCAUUAAUACUUUACACAACCAUUUCUCUUCAUGAUAUCUGCCGAUAUUGUCUCCUUGGAGGCCAGUACUACCGUGGAAGACCUCUAUAGCCUCUCCACGCUUCUGUCGCAGGCGACAAUUAAGCAGAAGAGUUACGACUACUUUACUGCCAACAAAAAGAACCCCAAGAGCUGCGGUCGAAAAAUCAUCUCUCACAAGACGUCCAAGUUGGAUCUAAUCGACUAUCAUACGCUCACAUCGCUUCCUUUGCCUCCGCCCCCGUCCUCUCCCUCGACCUUAGCUUCUCCCAAAGACCCCGAGGUGAACGAUAGCUUCUGCCAUACGCUCCAGGAUCGACACGACCAGUUAUGUCUCGUUGAAGAUUACAUCGAGGACUCUGAUGUUGUCAAGACCAUCAAGCGCAAGCAAUCCAUAGCGAAUGUCAAGCGAUCGCUUCUGCAAAUGACCUCACAACGGUCGCGAUGUGUGCCUGAGGGAGUAAUGGAAACUGGUGAGAUAGGAUUGGGUUGCGACUCGUGUUUUGCUUCAGGGUUCAACUCGGUGGACAAACCAAACUCCGGCGCACUUUCCCUCCUUCCGACAACCUCCGGUUCGGGCGCUGGUUCUGGUCCCACGUGUAUCAGUUCAAGUACUGGUUCUGCGAGCCGUGCAGAUUCCAAUGAUAGCCCGGUUACAUCGACAAUGUGUUCCGCUUCCGAUGCCAACCCGAGCCGCUCUUCUGCUAUUGAUUCUAAGCCAUGCUGUUCUUCCACUUUUGACUCUGAACCAAGCUUUUCUUUCUCUAGCUCCAGCUACAUGCCUUGCGAUACCAAGGUCGGCUAUAUAUCUUCUACUUUCGGUGGUAAUCAUAGUUCCAGCUAUCUAUCUGAGUCCACCUCCCGAUCCUGCUCCGACUCCACCAUCUUGUCCAACUCCAACACUCUUGUGGAGCCUUUCAACGACAAGUUAGAGCUUCUCCCGCCAAACCGCCGAUUCUCGUACACACGAACUAUCUCGCGGCCCGUGACCCCCACGGCCGCUACUCCCACGGUCGCCACGACCCGAUGGCUGACCAUGCCUGCCACCAACGACGACUAUUUCUCCACCCCAUCUAAAAGGCCUCGGGGUGAGAACUUGGAAUCAAUUUUCGGUAAAAUUCCCGGUACAGAGUUCUUGAAGCACUGUGAUAUCUGCGAAAAGCCAUUGUACGAACUCUCGUCCCUUUUAUCCCUGACGGAAGCUGACAAAAGCGAUGGAUCUGCAAUGUUGCCCGCUAACAAUUACGAAAACUUCAUCUGCGGGGAUUGCACCGAUGAAUACGAAGAAUUGUUGCAGAAACAGGCACCACCAGAGGAGUCCAACUUUGACUUUCAAUUGCAAGUGGUUGAGGAGUUGCGGAAGCGUCAGCGCCAACAAGGCCGCAUUGCCUCAACCUAUGUCCCUCCAGCCAAGCGACUCUUCCAGCAGGAGGUGGAUCAGGACUACAACACCAUGUUCGCAGAACAGUCACGAACGCUGCCCCGGAAGAAACUUCUGCUUUCGCCUUGGAAAAAAGCACACACCCCGGCUUCACCCUGGAAAAAGGCGUGCUUACCCUCAUUCCUCAACCACCGUUCGCCUUUUGGAUCGCCAAAACCCAGAGCCAUAGCAAUGGAGGGCCAGGGCUUCUCUGACGAGCUUGUCACCAAACUACAAAACCUCGAACUUAUGAGUGAUGGUAGAAAGGGUUCAGGCGGAGAGCUCUGGGACGCCACCAAGAAGAGGUUGCGCUGGAGGUGGCGUGUGAAGGGGUUGUUGCCGAAUAUGGAUGUGGGAAGUGCCCCAAAAAACUCCUUUCCCGACGUUCUCGAUCUGGAUUAAAAAAAAAAUGAAUGGCACAUGGGAGCCAAGAAUUCAGGGGAUUUAAUUUUCAAUCAAUCAAAGAUCAAUAGAAGCAAGGCUUCGGGAAAUAGAUUUGUAGGGGGGGGGGGCAUUGGCGAUGGUAUCCUGGGUAUAGAGUAGGUUCAUAAACGUGGUAAUGAAAGUAUGGGAAGCGGACGUCAGAUCCAUAGUAAACUAUAUUUAUACCCAGACAGGAAACAACAUCCCUCCUAUUCAAACUCCAGUAGCUAUCAGAUAGCUACCUGGAGCUAAAUUCCAGUCUUGAAUUUGCCCAUUCCCGCAUCCAAUUAUAGACUUUAAAUUUUCUAUUACAUUAAGCUUCAAUCUGAAAGUUAG